CACACCGACCAAUCGUGUCAGAGAGGGGAACCUUUUUGAAAACGUUGGCGGCUGAUGAGGAAAGUUCAACACAACAUAACUGGGAUUACAUCGCCAUAAGGGGCUCGACUACAACUCUUAACAGGAUGCAGAAUAAGGAGAACUAUGAGCCCAGGGGCUACCAAGGAACCUUCACAACUCCGAGCAUGGUGGCAGGUCCUCAGCGUGUUCAGGUGAAGACUUGGGAUAUGGACAAAAAUGCCAUCACAGGUCCUGGGAGAGACCGUGUUGUCCCAUCUUCCAGUUCCGCUUCAAGGAAAGUCUCCAUCGAUGACUUUGACAUCGGUCGACCACUGGGGAAAGGCAAAUUUGGUAAUGUCUACCUUGCGAAGCUGAAGAAGCCGAAAGCCAUUGUGGCGCUGAAGGUGUUGUUUAAGUCACAAAUGGAAAAGGAAGGAGUGGAGCAUCAACUCAGGAGAGAGAUCGAGAUUCAGGCACAUCUCAAGCACCCGAACAUCUUGCGCUUCUACAACUAUUUUGAUGACCGAAAGAGAGUGUUUUUGGUGCUUGAAUACGCUCCACGUGGUGAAAUGUACAAGGAACUACAGAGAUGUGGAAGAUUUGAUGAUCAGCGUACCGCAACGUACAUGGAGGAGAUAUCUGAUGCACUGCUAUAUUGCCAUGAGAGGAAAGUGAUUCAUCGUGACAUCAAGCCUGAGAAUCUUCUUCUUGGCUAUCGGGGAGAACUCAAAAUUGCAGAUUUUGGUUGGUCAGUCCAUGCACCCUCUCUCAGACGUCGUACAAUGUGCGGGACCCUGGACUAUCUCCCCCCUGAGAUGGUUGAGGGCCACACUCACAGUGAGAAAGUGGAUCUGUGGUGCAUUGGGGUUCUCUGCUACGAAUGCUUGGUUGGCAACCCGCCUUUUGAAACUGCCAGCCACUCAGAAACUUACAAAAGAAUCACAAAGGUGGAUUUGAAGUUCCCCAAAAUCGUCUCAGACGGUGCACGGGAUCUGAUUUCCAAGCUGCUCCGCCACAGCCCAUUGGAUCGCCUCUCACUACAGAGUGUCAUUAAUCACCCGUGGGUACACUCCAACUCCCGAAGAGUCCUACCUCCUAUCUGCCCAGCCAAGAAAUCCUGAGUCCACCUGGUUGACCUGCUUUUCCUCCCACUGAUGGGUCUUUACUCUGUCCUUCACAAGAGACUGGAUGUGUCAGCAUGUUUUGGUUUCAAACUGCCAUUUUUCUGGCAUGUUUUUUUGAUGGGUAUAAAUGCAUACCCUCCAUUUUAUAUGUACAGUGUGAUGUCAUUAUCUAUGUGUAGUUGAUUAGAAAUUGUUUGUGUUUUAUUUGCAUUUCUCCUUUGACACUUUUUAAAUGAAUAUAGCUAUAUUCUUCUCUGAUGGUGUUGACACCAAAGUGCUACUGUCAGCCUGCCUCAAGCUAUAAAUAUAUUCUCAUAUGGAGUAAGAGGAGGUAUUGUAGGGGAGUUUUGGGUGGAAAUGAUGGUAUUUUCCCUCAAGCAAUACUUUACAUUUCUAAUAAAUAUUCUGAAAGGA